CGCCGCGCUUGCGCUAUGCGUACGUAUCAUGCGCACAAGGCGGCAGUUUUUCGUUUUCAAAAGUAUACAAUAAACUCAGAGCAGACGUUACGAAGACGCAAUCAACGUGUAAAUAUUGUGAUGUGAUGUUGAAAAUCUGUUUCCAAUCACGAUGACAGCACGUUCUAUUUUACAAGUUUUUGACCAGUACCAAAAGGCUCGUCUACUCUUCGUACAAUCCGUCGCAGAUUUAGCCACCAGACCAAAUAAUAUAGAAUGUUUAGAAGCUGCCGGAGCCUUGGAUCUUUUGCAUCCUUUACUAACAGAUCCUGUGCCAUCCAUUCAACAUAUGGCAGCUAUAGCUUUAGGGAAACUGGCCAACAACGACAUUCGGUUGGCAGAAGCUAUUAUAAGGAAGGAUAUUUUACCACAGCUCUUGAAAAAUAUUGCUAAACAAAAUAAAUUUUAUAAGAAAGCAGCUUUGUUUGUUAUCCGUGCUAUAGCUAAGCAUUCCCCUGAAUUGGCAGCCGUAAUAAUUCAAAGUAAUGGAUUGGAAAUUAUAAUGGUUUGUUUGGAAGAUUUUGAUGCUGGAGUAAAAGAAGCUGCAGCUUGGGCGUUAGGAUAUAUUGCCAGACAUAAUAAAAACUUAGGCCAAGCCACAGUUGAUGCAGGUGCUGUUCCCCUUCUAGUUCUAUGCUUGCAAGAACCUGAAUUAUAUUUGAAACAAAUCGGUGCAUCCGCUCUUUGCGAUAUAAGCAAACAUGACAAAGAUCUUGCAGAAAUUAUAGUCAAUGCUGGGGCUGUUCCUUUCCUCGUGAAAGCACUAUCUAAUGCUGAUACCAAACUAAAGCGUCAAGUCCUUUUUGCGCUGAGCAGUAUAGCAAAGCAUACUGUACACUUGGCAGAAUCUAUUAUCGAAGCUGAGGUUUUCCCCAGCGUUCUUGAACAUAUGGCAUAUCCGGAUGAAUGCAUCGUUAAAGCAGCAGCAAUGCUAACCAGAGAAAUUUGCAAACAUACAAUAGAAAUGGCCCAGCUGAUUGUAAAUAUGGGUGGUCUCGGUGCACUCGUAGAAUUGAUCAGUACAUCGAAAUUAGCUGCUAGAUUACCGGCGAUAAUGGCAAUCGGCUACAUCGCUGGACACUGUGAUCAAUUAGCUAUUGCUGUUAUCGGAUCCAAAGGAAUUACACAACUGUCCACCGUGUUACACGAAGAGAAGGAUGAACAUUUACUUGCUAUUACUACAUGGGCAGUUGGACAAAUUGGUAAACAUACACCAGAACAUGCGAAAGUAGUUGCAGCUUCAAACAUUUUACCAAAGUUAAUACAACUUUAUAACGAUUCAAAUUGCUCAGAGGAUCUCAAGCUAAAAUGUAAUGUAACGUUGAAACAAGUACUACAACGAUGCAUGUACAUUGAAGCAUUGGAACCUUUGAUACAUGUUGCACCACCUAAUAUUUUGAAGUAUGUUCUCGGACAGUAUAGUAAGAUUUUACCUAAUGAUGCCAGAGCGAGAAGGCUUUUUGUAACGUCGGGCGGUUUAAAGAAAGUACAAGAAAUUCAAGCAGAACCUGGCUCUACACUUUCAGAAUAUAUACAAAUUAUCAACUGCUGUUUCCCAGAAGAAAUAGUCAGAUAUUAUUCUCCUGGAUACCCAGACAGUCUCCUGGAAGCAGUCGAACUGUAUCAACCAAAAUGUCCAUCACUUUUUGCAAUGGAAAAACACGGGUUUUCUGAUACCGAUUCCAAAUCUACUCUGUCAUCUCAUAAUGAAGAUUGUUAGAAUAAUAUUUAUCUUAUCAGGGGUAUCCUCAUUAUAUAGAUGAUUGUUACGCAUGUAUACUACUCAACAAAUUAAAGUACUUAUUUAACCUAU